AUGGCGAAAAUUUACUUUGCUGAUGGCAUGGACUGUGAACUCGCGUUGCAGGACGGGGCAAGCGUCGGGGACGCGCUCGCGACCGCGGCGGCGCGCCUCGACGUGAAAAAACCGCACGCGCGGUUUCUCGCCCUCCACGCGGCGAGCGCGACCGGCGCCGUCGAGGCGGCGCCCCUCGGCCGCGCGACGGCGCUGGCGAACGGCGGCCGCCUCGUGAUUCUGGUGCGACUUUGGACGGCCGGGCUCCGGGCCGCCGUGGAGGAGGACGCGGCGCUUCGGGACCUGGCCUUUCGCCAGGCGCGUUGCUGCGCGCUGGCCGACACGUGGCCGUGCCCCGUCCGCGACGGCGCGCGGGCGGCGGCCGCCCAGCUCGUCGACGGAAGCGCGCCGCCGCUCUCGUUGGCGGAGGUGCGCGCCGCGUUGCCGCGGUGCCUCAGCCGGCGCGUCCUCCGGGCGCGGGCCCUGGACGACUGGGCGGUCGACGUGGUGCUCGAGCUCGGCGCGCGGCGCCGCGACCCGCGGGCCGACGCCGCGCGCGACUUCCUCGCGCUCGCCGCAACGUGGCCGGCCUUUGGCACCGUGGCCUUCCGCGCGACGGCCGGGGCGCCCGCGCGGCUUGCCGGGCGGCGCGUCGUCUUGAGGGCGAGCUGCCGUGGCGCCGACGUGCUCGGCGCCGACGGCGCGGCGGUCGCGACGUGUCGCCCCCAGCGGUGGGUCGGGCGCGGGGCGAGCGUGCGGUUCGAGGCGGGCGACCGGCGUUUCGCGUUCCGGCUCGAGACGGCCGACGCCGCGCGCGCGCUGCUCCUCCUACUUGACGACUACGCCGCCGCGGCCUGGGCCGAGCGGCCGCCGCGGCCCCGCCUCGAGAAACCAAAACGACGCGACUCGCUCACGGCGCUCUACGAGGGCCUCGUCGCGGCGAUCAUCCGGCCGCCGCGCGCCGCAUACGACGCGCAGAGUCUCGGCCCCACGUCGUUCGAAAUCGCGGAGGGACGCGUGCUGCGGCGCGACAUUACUUUAAGCAACGUCCGGCGCGAGCGCCUCGUCGCGAGCCACUGGGCGGUCGACGACGCCGCAAAGCGGCCCUGCGUCAUCUUCUGCCACGCGAACUCGGCGUCGCGCGUUCAGGCGGUGCACUACUUGGCGCUCCUGCUCUCGCUCGGCUGCUCGGUGCUCGCGCUCGACUUCGCGGGCGCAGGGCUCUCGGAGGGCGACGUGGUCACGCUCGGGUUUCGCGAGGCGGACGACAUUGCCGCAGCCGUGCAGUUUCUGCGCGGCGACGCGCGCGUGUCCCGGAUCGCGGGCUGGGGCUCGUCGGCCGGAGCCGCGGCGUUGCUGUUCUGCAUGGCGAAAUACGACGCCGCGCUCGCGUGCUGCGUCCUCGAUGGAUCGUAUGCAGACGUUCGGCAGGUCGCGGCCUGUGUGGAAAUCAACCAGUGCGUCGGGUGCGAGGACGACGCGAUGAUUCAGCACGAACACGCCGUAAAAUUUGAUUUCCGCACAGGUUGCGGCGGAGCUGGCCGAGCGGAGCACGGUCGGCGGGUUUUCGGCGCCGUGGCCCGUCGCGCAGGCCGUCAUCGCGCUCCUCGACGCGAGCGUGCGCGAGCGCGCCGGCGUCACGCUCGACGAGCUCCGGCCCGUGGCGCGCGCCCCUUUGUGCCACGCGCCCGCGCUCUUCCUCCGCGCCACGGGCGACGCCCUGCUCGGCGCCCAGCACACGGAGGCGCUCGCCCGCGCCUACGGCGGUUCGCGCGUCAUCGCCGACGUCGAGGGCACGCACUCGUCGCCGCGGAACCGGCGCGCGCUCGACUACUGCGGCGCCUUCCUGCGCGAGCACCUCCACCUCGGAGCGGCGCCGCCGGCGGGACGCGUCGACCGCGUGCCGUGGGACGUAACCCUGUGAUGAUGUCGCCGUGUCUAAUUAAUUUCGUU